CGAUGGGUAAUGCCUACCAUCGCUGGUUUUGAGGUUCAGUGCCAACAUGGUCUGAAGACCAGCUAACCAGCGAUGGGUAAUGCUUACCAUCGCUGGUUGGGUGGUUUGCCAGCUUGGUACAAGGAACCAUCUGACCAGCGAUGGGUGAAGUUUACCAUCGCUGGUUGGGUGGUUUACCAGCCUUGGUCUGAAGACCAUCUGACCAGCGAUGGGUCUGAGAUGACCAUCGCUGGUUGGGUGCAUCUUGUCAGUCAUCAUUGUCAAGGAAUCCAUGGUUUAGUGUUCUUUUACGGCAAGGGCUCUUAUCCAUUGGGACCUACCCCGUGGUCUCUGAAAAAAUCCAAGACCACUCAACCCACAGAGGAUCCAGUGGAAGAGCAAAUGGAAGCCCAAGAGUCUGAGCGAAAGAAGAAGAAGAUGAAGAAGAGAAAAGAAAGAGAAGUGCGCCCCUCACCGUCUCCUCCCGUCAAGAAAUCAAAAUUCCCAACAGAUGCUCCAACCUCAUCUACCAAAGGAAGGGAGACCAGAAGCACCAAGGGCUCAAAAACAGUCUGCGAUUCAGGGAAGCUUUUUGUUAAACUUUUUCAGUCAACUGUUGCAAAAUCAUUUUUUCCUGAUGUUGUGAAGAAGUCCAUUAUACCACAAAGAAAUCUUGAUGUGCCUGAUUUUAACAAGAAAACAAAUCUGUUGCCCAUACUCCACUCAAACAAACUAUUUAAAUCUGUCACUUUGCCUGGUUCAUAUGUGAAGAAAGUAGUCCAAGAGUUUUUCUAUAAUUUAUCUGAUUCCGGUGUUACUGAUGGCGAUCCUUCCUACCACAAAGUCUUUGUUCGUGGAAAGUUGUAUGAAUUCUCACCCUCAGUCAUAAAUACCUUUCUUGGCACUACCCCCAAUCCUGUGAUUUCCCCUAUUGCUGAAGAAACUGUAUGGAAUGACCUUACAAAUGGGCUAAAGGACUACCAACAUGGGAAAUCAAAAGUACCAUCCUCUGUGAUGAAAUUUGCAGUAGCAAAAUUUAAUAAGAACAAAAAUGGUCUUCCUUAUCCACUAUUGAUUUACAGCAUUCUAAAGGACCAAAGCUUUGAGAAGGAGGAGAAUGAAGAGGAAGAACCCAUACCCCCUUUGCUGCAGGUAGAUGGAAGGCACCUUGAAGGAAGUCACUUCAAUGACAUGGCUGUCGCAAGAACAACCACAGCUCCUACACAGAACCCGGCUUCAGUGGAAUAUCAACUCAGCUUUGUGGAAAAGGAGAUUAAGGCACUACAGCAGGACAUUGAUUAUCACAAUGAGAUUGCACAGAGGGCAGCUGCAAGAAGGGACACACUGAUUCAUGUGGCAAAUACACUGCGUCAGGCCAAAGGAGCCAGUGUUCAAAGGCCAUCCUUGCUGCAUGGUCACAACCACAACUUCUGGAAAGGAUGCAUGAGGGCAUUUUUGAAAUCACAAGGAGGAGGAGUAUGGAGAACUGUUGAGACUGGUUGGACAGAACCAGUUAAAUUUUCAGAAGACUUGUCCACUUCAACUAUCAAGAAAUUUGAAGUGUAUAGCAGAACAGAAGUUGUUGCUGCUGAAUAUAAUGACAAAGCCCUAAAUGCCAUUUUUGGAGCUGUUGAUGCAACACAAUACCAUCUCAUCUCAAAUUGUGUUAGUGCAAAGGAAGCCUGGGAUAUUCUCGAAGUCACACAUGAAGCCAGAUUACAAGAACCCUUUCCGGAAUCAAAACUUGUAUUGAAGGUGCUCAGGUCACUGCCAGAGAGGUUUGACAUGGAUGUCAAGGCAAUUUCACAGUCACAUGAUACGAAAAAAAUGACACUUGAUGCUCUGAUGGGUAAUCUUGAAACAAUUGAACUAAAUAUGAAGGAGGACAGCAAGAGAAGAAAGCCUGAGAAACAAAUCGCCUUCUUGGGAACAGACCAGGAGGGAGAUGGAGAAGAUGGUCUAACUUUUGAUGAAGAAUUUCAGGAGCAGCUCUCCUUAUUCACAAAACAGUUCAAAAAGAAGUGGAUCCAAAAGAAAGGAAAGAACACAAAUCAAGAGGGACCAUCUAAGACAUCUACUUUCAGGGAAUCACGUUUCAAGGAAGGAAAAUCCUAUGACAACAGUUCCAAGUACAAAGGGCCAUUAUGCUUUGAAUGUGGAGGACAUGUGCAUAUUCAUAUAGAAUGUGCAAACAAUCUUAAAAAGAAAAGACAAGCUUUUUCAAUUACCUGGAGUGAUGAGGAUACUGACGAAGAUCAAGGUUGUGGUGAGAGCAACUGUGCCUUUACUUCACAAUCAGAAUCAGACGAUCUAAUUGAGCAGCACAUGGAUCUUCAAGAAAAAUUGACUGAACUGCUCAUGGUAAACAGAAGGAACAUAGCAGAAAAGAAUAAACUAGCACUUGAUCUGAAAACCUUGAAGCAGAGUCUAGAGAAAGCUGAAACCAAUAAUGCCAAUCUAAAAUUUGAGUUGCAGAAGCUCAAAGACUAUGUCAAGUGGAUGAAGAUUGCAGGGGCAGAAGUGUUGGAUGCCCAGGAAAUGAUCUUCAAAGUACCAGGCGACAGACAGGGAAUUGGAUGCAUCAGCAAAAACAAAGCAGACGGGUUACCCAAAGAAGAUAAAGUGACGGCAGAGGAGAAUAUCAGAAGCAACCAUCACACAGCUGUAAAACCAAUCAAAAAUUAUAUAGAUAAACAUCACAUGAAGUCUCACAAAAGCAUUCCUUGGGUGUACCAAUGCUACAAGUGUUACUACUGCAGAGAACAGGAAGUGACAGAUCCUGGAGAGCACAGAAACGAUGAGGAAGAUCAAACUACAGGGUCAGAAGAGUCAACAGGAGUUCCCACACAUGUCCAUAAAAAUCAUCCACCAGAAAAUAUCAUAGGAAAUACUAGAGAAGGCAUCUAGACCCGUAAAAAGAAGAUAGAUUUUGUUCAGAUGAUAAAUGCCUUCUACACCUCCUCAGUCGAGCGGAAGAACAUAAAAGAGGCACUCAAAG